AAGAUCUGUUUGAACGGCUGGAUUACAUCAUGCCGGAGAUGAGCCCCAAAAGCCUAUUUUAGCGUUUCAGGUUUUCUCUUUUAUACUACGACGAUGAUGUAGGAUGACUAGAGAUGCUGCCCUCCAUUCGAGAGCUGCAUCCGUAUCUCCCAUCCUCUUCUACUGGUGAUGGUGAAGGUGAGGGAGGUAAGAGUGGAGGUGACGAGCUGAAGAAGAAGAAGAGGCGGAGACAGGCGCUGAGCUGCACAGAGUGUAAACGCCGCAAGAUCAGAUGUGAUAGGAACCAGCCGUGUGUGCCAUGCAUCAGGCGGGGCGAACAGAGCAAAUGUCUCUGGAACGUCGUCGAGCCGGCUGAAAAGUACGUGACUCAGGCCGAGUAUGAUGAGCUCAAAGUGUGGGUAGAGCAUCUCGAGGCUCUCGUCGAGCGGCUUACUCAAUCCCAAUCCCAGACUCAGCCCCAGCCUGGGCCACCGCCAUUCAUCACCCUGCCUCCACAGCCAAAAAACUGGGCAGCGCUGACGUUCCUGCCGCCUCGGAGGUAUACUGGCCCCGGAUCCCCUUUUAAUCCUCCAUAUCAGUCCCUGUACUCCCCAUAUUCGCCUUACCCAUAUUCCCGCUCUUCCCCGACAUACUCGUCUUAUGCUCAGUCGUCAAUCCCGUCUACCUCCACAUCAGGGUUACCCUCUUCAUCCGCUGUACCUUCCUUGUCUACUACCUCUUCUUAUCCACCGCUGAACCCACCGUCCCCAUCGACCCCUCGGCACUAUAGUGAUCCAGAGAGGAGGUAACCAUCUUUAGCACAUAAUUGCAUGCCCUGUUUCAUAUCAUAAGCCCUGUCCAUGUAUACUUAUCUACCUACCCUGUACAUCGUAAUACUGUACUCAAGUUGUAGUAUAUACAUACUGUA